AUGAUGUCAUUCUCAACCACGCACCUUGUUCACCCUCACCCCUCCAGCCCUCCGCCAGCCCAUCCACGCCUACUGACCAUCAAGCUUUAUCCCUCGCUUCCUUCGUCGGCCAUCGACCCACGCAGCUCAUCAAACCAAAUCAUCUCAGUCUCUUCUUCUCAAGCCUCUACCGACAAGUUCAUCGUUCAACAUUACCAUUUGCCACGCUCAUCGGCUCGGUCGCCAUACGACAGCUACCUCAUCGACUUGAAUGACUCCAACCAAAACACCAGGCUUCCAGGCACAAUUACCGCCAUUCAACUGGUGGUUACUAAUCGGGCUGCACUUUCCCCUUGCUUGGUCUUUGGAACGGCCACCGGUGGUUUAUAUCUUACCAGAUCUGACUUCUCACGGCCGCAUUCGAAACUAAGACAGCUUCACAGAUCACCUGUAUUGGGUCUUGCAAGCUGUCCACUUGAUAUCCAACCAACUCUCCUGAUCAGCGGAUCGUCAACCGAGUUUCUAUUGUGGGAUCUUGACGAUCGACGAGCCCGGCCUACGUGUUUACGCGCGUUUGGACGGCAGAAUCCCCGGUUUCUUUCAAAUCCGUACGCGUCAUUCUUGGUUGAUGUUCAAUUUCGUCGGGCUUCAGCAGGAGAGGUCAACCUACUGGCAGAAUUUGAAGAUGGCUUGGUAUCAUGUUGGAAUCUGCACGCGUUACUUGGCGACGAGUCAACUAAACCGAGCCCCAGCGUGUUUUCGGCGAAACAUCAGAAAGCGUUUCCACUACUGGAUGCUUGCUGCGCUUUAGGGGGAGAGAAUGAUUUUCACGUGUUCACUGUUGAUCCUGAAGACGGUUGGGUUCAGAAAUCCCCGACCAGUCGCAAACUCUUUCAACUGCCCAGCCCGAUCUCCCGCUUCGUAUGUAUACAGUGUGACCACCAAUCCCAGAAGAUCGGAAUGUUGGUCCUCUUCCAAGACACCCAACAGUUGAUGCAGAUUGAUGUAGAUGACUCUUCCCUUGAGGAACCGCCGCGUGUUACGAUGAGCCAAGUAGAAUCUGACUGUACAUUCUUUCACUACGAUCGAUCCGAUGGAUGCCUAGUGACGUUUAAAUCAACCACUCAAGAGAUAAAAGUUAGACAAAUUGGCCGAUCGAUUCCGAUGGCUCAAUCAUAUGACACAAAUACGCAAGUCAACUUCAACCGCAGUGGCAGCUCUGUCAUCAAGAACAUUGGUUUCUUAACCUUGGAAAUGAUUCAAGGAAUAGGUGAUUUCCAAACCAGGGAUGCAGAUCUGAUAAACAUAUUCAAAGACGAAUUGGAUCAACGUUUAAAACUCCCAAGUCACUUGAGAUUAGCAAUCUAUAAACGAAUGCUCAUCAAAUCCAAGUCACAAGAGGAGGAGCUCACCACUACAUACUAUCGCUAUUUAGCCCGCCCUUCUCCGGAAACAUUUUUGAAGAAAUUCAGAGCUGCUUGGAAAUUAGAAGACGCCGAAUUCCAGUUUUCACUUGAAACAUUAUUGUCGAUUUUUCACGGGAUGGAAAGAUAUUCAGAGUCAUCAUUAAUUGACAAAUUGGCACCAGUCUUAUACAGCUUCUUGAAGAUAUUGGAAAGUGCAGAAGGAAUAAGCAAGUCGGAUGAUGGCGAAGAAUCGAUAGAGUUAGUGGAGAUAUAUAAAGUCAGUUGGUUAAUGCUUGAUCGAUUUGGUGAAGGUGCCUUUGGAGAAAAGGGGAAGAGUCACAGCGAUCGCAAGAAAAAUUACGAGGUUUUUGUUGAGAAGGUUACACAAAGCUUGUUGGACCGUCGAUCGUCAAUUGGAAGGUCCUUACUAGAACAUCUUGGGUAUCAUUCUGUUUCGAUGGGGAAGGAAUGUUUGCCCCGCCUCACUCAUGGGUUCUUGAUGGGGUUCUGUUCACCAGAAUCAUUUGAACAUUUAAUAGAUCAUCUGGUUAUCGGGCAUUCCGGGCUGACUUCAUUCAUCGAAGUAUGCGCUAGAUUAUUGGAACAUUUCGGCCAAGAUAUCAUUCAGUUGACAACACGAAAAGAUAUACUGAACUUUUUCAGUCUUACUCAUGAUCUAAAUUUCCAAACCUUCAGAAAUUUGCCCUAA